UCACUCUCGUCAGCCAUUUCGACUUACCAGUCCCCUUGAAACCCACCAUGGCCCGUUGGAGUAUCAGAAACUGGCUUUCGCACAAUCAUGCCACAGAUCUUGAACCGAGCAGACUGCCCCGUCGCACCAAAUCCCUUCUAUCCAGUGCCUCUAGCACAUGCCACAAAGUGUCCUUAAAAUUGUUCCUGUGUCAGAAUGAACUCCAUGAGCCGCCACCACCGCGAGAAUCUCGUGUGCGACCUGUUGCAAGCGGGAGAAAGGACUCGGUUCCACGCUCACAACAUGGAAAACUAACUGAUCACCGGCAAUAUGGCCUUGCUUCGGAGUCAGCGCAGUCGCCAGCCGUGAAGAAACCCCCAGAUACCCUCCUCGACUUUGUUUACGACGUGAUUGUGCGGGCGCCAGGCCACAGCGGCCGUGCGCUGCGGCGUCGGCUGGUGCUCAGCUUCAGUACCGACGUCAACAUCAUGUCGGAUACGGUCUAUCGUCGCCUAGAGAUGGACAAUACCAGUCUCAAGACCUACGCCGGUCCUCCAUUGCCUCCGGUAAACGGCCGUGCGGAUCUCAAGCCGAUCGGUACCGUCGAGGCGCAGUGGGCAUUUUGCGGCCGCGAAAACAACACCUACCGAAUGGUUUUCAACGUCAUUCGUGAUCUGGAAUACGAUAUGUUGCUGGGGACAACGGCGAUGAAGCAGCUGGAGCUGUAUCGGGUCGAUUCGGCGAUUGCAAAGAGGCUGCAAAUUGCGGCAUAAGGCUGGCUCUUUUUUGGUUGCAUACGAGCUACAGGCAGUUCCCUCUUGCUGGCAGGAGGAACCUCUUUUUUCUUGCCUUAAUUAUGGCCUUGCUUUAACCAUUAGUAUUGGUUAUGAGCCUGUAGAGCUGCCCAGCGGCCAGGCAUACGCUUAGGCACGGCCAUUGGCGUUUUGGGCUUACAACAAUACGUGUCCAUUCACUCUUCUGCAUGGCUCAGACCUGCACAUUUUUCUCGACUCUCACAGGCUUUCGGUGUUUGUUUUCUCCCUUCCCUCCUUCCUUGUAUAUACUCUCCCUUAAAAGCCAUGCACAGUUUGCUCAACUAUCUGUCAUCCUAUGGCAAUCCCCAGAAGGCAGCCACUCGUCGUAUUGACUCACACACAGCCUUGGGGAUGGGAAAUUCAGCCCUCACGUUGACGGGCAAACCCCCCUGCCCGCGCCAGAACUUUAGCCUCGUGGU